AUGGCAACGGAGGUGGCUACCAUGCUUCAGUUGCCAUAUGAGUCUACAGAUUCAAGCAGCAAGUCCUCAGUGGGACACAAUCAGACUCCAAAAAAGUCAGCGAUCAAAACAAGCCCACUAAAGCUCUUGGAUCCAGGUCGUUCAAAACUUACCACUGUUGAGACCAAGAGGAUCAUAUCUGUUUUGGAUGAGGCCAUCUUAAAGAUAGAAUUGAUCAGCCUGAUCUCUCACAUUACUGAAUUUCUGGAUGGCUUAAGCACUAUACUGGGAUCUGAGCUCCUGGGUACCCUUAAGGAGCAUGAGCGGCUUUCAAACAACAUGGUAGCUCUACUUACCCAGCUUCAAAGAGAAGGUCUCCUGAAGAUGGAAGAUGGAAGAGGGGACCUUGUAGGAACUGAGGAACAAAUCCGCCAUCUUCAAUUGCACCAGCAAGCUGUAAAAAGCUCUAUCAGAAAUAUUCUGAGACUCUUUCAGGCUGACCCUCUAGCUUCUCAAGCCGUGAGAGAUGAGGCCUAUGCUAGGGAUUUAUUAUUUGAAUUAUUUAUCAAAGGCCUUUCAGAGUUCCGGGGCUUCUUGUUUGAGAAACUCCUGACUAGUCCCUUAGAAGAACAAGAAAAGAUUCAAUUCAUGGAAGAAAUCUCCCUCCGGGAUAAGAAAAACACUGAAACCAUCGCAGCUUUAGAGGCAGAACUUGCAACGGCAGUCCAGAGUCGAGACGAUGAGAUUAUGAAAAAGAAUGCUGCAAUCAGGGAUCUCAAAAGCCACUUACUUCAUCUGGAGAAGUUCUCUGAAAGCCACAUCCAACGCACCAAGCAGGAAGCAGAGAAACUCCAAAAAGGGGAGCUGCGAAUUUCCCAGGCAAAGUGUGCCAAGAUACAGCAGGAUAUACAGCAGCUAAGAGCACAGCUCAAUGUUCUCAUCAUAGACAAUCGAGACUCCGAGCUGGCUCUCAGAAAGAAGAAGUACAAAGUGGAGAUGGAAAUCGAGAACUGGAUCCAGAAAUAUGAUGCUGACAUGGGAGAAAAACAGACUGAGUAUGAGGAAGUCGAUGCUGUCUAUACUGAAGAGAAGGCCCAGCUAGCUGAGCUGAAGGAGAAGUAUGCCGUGCUUGAACAAGAGUAUUCCCAGAUCAAGGAGGAGAGGAGGCGAUCCCAAGAGAAGAAGGAAAGAGCUGAGAGGGAACUGGCUAUCAUGGUCCGUGCUGCCACCCACAUUCAGGCCUUCUGGAAGGGCUACUUGGUUAGGUCACUGUUAAAGUCAAAGAGAAAGAAGAAGGGAAAAGGCAAGAAGGGCAAGAAAUAA